GAAAUUCAACUUGUCUCUUUUGAUUCUGUUUCUGGGUCUUCGUUAAAAUCUUUUUAUCUAUCUGGGUUUUCUUUAAUUUCUCUUUUAUCUUUCUUAUUAUUAGCGUACGGUCAACCAACUCCACUUGUAUAUGUGCUUUCCUGUUUCUUGUUCUUUAAGGCUAUAAAAACGAGACCCAUUUUUUAGUUUUACUUAGCGUGUAUGUCUUUAUGAUCCCAAAGUAGAAUUGUAUUUCAACUCUCAUUUCUGAAAUUCAGGAACAUUGUUGAUCUGUGUACAGUUCAGUAGUAUCGUGGUUUCAUUUGCAAUAUCUUGUACGCCACCAUCUUUCUGACUAGAUUGUGCAUAAUCUUCAUUUGAAAAUGUUUGGUUUAAGGAAAUCUCCUUUGAAGGUUGCUAAACAUAACUCAGUUGAUCCUGGAUAUCCUGUUCAAGCUAGCUCGAACCCUUUUGACAAUGAGAUUGAUCAUAAGCAAAAACAUGAUCAUAAGCAAAAACAUAAUUCUUCAAGGAAGACUUCUCCUGAGCCUGCCCUAGUUACACCAAAUUUUGGCACUAACCCUUUUGAUGAUGAUGAGGGGAAAACAACCUCCUCUUCUUUGUAUUCAAAUGUGCCUGCUUCAACAGCUAGAAAGAAUUACAAAAAUGAUUUCCGUGACUCUGGUGGAUUAGAGAACCAGUCAGUGCAGGAACUGGAGAACUAUGCUGUCUACAAGUCUGAGGAGACUACAAAGACAGUCAAAAGCUGCCUGAAGAUAGCAGAGGACAUGAGAGAAGAUGCUACACAAACUUUGGUCAGCUUGCACCAGCAGGGUGAGCAAAUUACCAGGACCCACAUGGUCGCUGCUGACAUUGAUCACGAUCUUAGUAGGGGUGAGAAGCUUCUGGGAAAUCUUGGAGGUAUCUUCUCUAAGACUUGGAAGCCAAAGAAGACACGCCAGAUAACAGGCCCUUUGAUUACACGAGAUGAUCCAUCCAGAAGAAAUGGUAACCACUUGGAGCAGAAGGAGAAGUUAGGAUUGACUUCUGCAGCCAAGGGACGAUCAAACACACUAACCACACCAUCUGAACCCACAAAUGCUUUUCAGACAGUUGAGGUGGAGAAGGCAAAGCAGGAUGAUGCACUGUCUGAUAUAAGUAGCAUAUUGGGAGAGCUGAAGGAUAUGGCUAUUGACAUGGGGUCUGAAAUUGAAAGGCAGAACAAGUCUCUGGAUCAUUUCUAUGAUGAUGUUGAUGUGGUAGACAUGCGUGUGAAAGAUGCUAAUCGACGUGCUCGUCGUUUACUUGGAAAGUAGAGUGCGGGAACAUCAGAUUUGCGCUGCUAAUACUAGCUUCCAACACUGUUGGCCGGGGCCAAAAUUCUCUCAUUGUUUUUCUUAUGCACGGUUAUGGGCAUGGAUUAAACAAUCUUUGGUGUAUAUGUUUCUUGUUUUGUUUACACACAUUUAUAGCAGGAUUUUACAGAGCUUUAAAUCAUUCAUUAGGUCUGGCACAUUUUUACUGCUAA